AUGCCUCCUCUACCACCAUCAGCAAACCCUCUCCCCCGACUGGUAACAUACUACCAAACCCAUCAUGACUCCUCAGGCAACCUCAUCUCUCCUCUGCCCCUCAUCACACAACCAAAUAUCGCCAUCACUCACGUCAUUGUCGCCGCCAUCCACAUAAACGAUGACCCUGAAAAGAUAACGCUGAACGAUUAUCACCCGUCUCACGCUAUCUUCCAGACCAUGUGGGCAGAGCUACGUAUUCUACAAGCUUCGGGCGUUAAGGUUAUGGGCAUGUUGGGCGGUGCUUGUAAGGGCAGCUAUGCCAAGUUGGAUGCUGAUCAGGACCAGUUUGAUCGGUAUUAUGGUCCUGUGAGGGAUAUGAUUCGAGAGAGGGCACUCGAUGGGUUGGAUCUGGAUGUUGAGGAAGAAAUGUCCCUGGGAGGAAUCGUGCGUUUGAUCGAUCGUCUACGCAGCGACUUUGGUCCAAGUUUCAUCAUCACCCUCGCACCCGUUGCAAUGUCUCUUCUCGACUUCACCAAGAACCUCAGCGGUUUCGACUACGAAGCUCUAGAAGUUAUGCGCGGUCGCGACAUCGCCUGGUACAACACCCAAUUCUACUGCGGCUGGGGCGACUGCAGCAAUCCCCUAAUGUACGAUCUCAUGGUCCAGAAGGGCUGGCCGCCAGAGAAGAUCGUCAUCGGACUCGUCACCAAUCCUGAGAAUGGACACGGUUACGUGCCGUUUAAUCCUCUCAACAUGGUGCUUACGACGUUGCGGGGACGGUAUGGGAAAUUUGGUGGUGUGAUGGGUUGGGAGUAUUUUAACAGCUUGCCUGGUGGAAAGGAGAGGCCUUGGGAGUGGGCGAGGGAGAUGACCAAGUUGUUGAGAGGGCAUAUUCUCUCGGAUCCAGUGCCGACACAACAAGCGCCGGCUGUUACAGAACAACCUACAAAGAAGAUCCGAGAUGUCGAUCCAGAUACACCAGGCGGAAAGGAUGUACCGGUGCCGAAGCAGUUCGACUACUACACGGAUGGCUCGGAUGCAUAG